CGUCUCCCGGGAAGAUGGGGAACUCGUAUGCGGGGCAGCUGAAGAGCACGCGGUUCGAGGAGGUGCUGCACAACUCCAUCGAGGCCUCGCUGCGCUCCAGCAGCCUGGUGCCCCGGCCCGUCUUCUCGCAGCUCUACCUGGAGGCCGAGCAGCAGCUCUCGGCCCUGGAAGGUGGUAGCCGAGUUGACAAUGAGGAAGAAGAAGAAGAGGGUGAUGGGGGCCUGGAGCCGAGCUGUCCCCCAACCGCCUACCAGAUGCACCCCCCUCCCGAAGGAUGCUGCACCACGGACGGGUUCUGCCAGGCGGGGAAGGACCUGCGUCUCGUCUCCAUCGGCAGCGAGCCCAUCGACGUCCCCGCCGGCUUCCUCCUCGUGGGCGCCAAGGCCCCCAGCCUGCCCGGCCACCUGCUGGUGUGUGCCGUGGACAGGAGGUUCCUGCCGGACGACAACGGCCACAACGCGCUCCUCGGAUUCUCUGGGAACUGUGUUGGCUGCGGCAAGAAAGGCUUCUGUUACUUCACGGAAUUCUCCAACCACAUCAACCUGAAGCUCACCACCCAGCCCAAGAAGCAGAAGCACUUGAAGUGUUACCUGGUCCGCAACGCACAGGGGGCGCUGGCCCCCGGCCCCCUCAUCUGCUGGAAAGGCUCCGAGCUCCGAGGCCGGCAGACCCCCGCCGGCCCUGGCUCCAGCUCCCUCUUCCCAGCCCUUCAGGGUGCCGUGUUCCCUUUCUCUGCCACGCCUGUGCCGUUCACCUCUCUCUCUCUCUCUCUCUCUCUCUCUCUCGCAGGCCCAGGCUCCGACCCCACCUCCCUGCCCUCGGCGGCGAGCCCCGCGGUGAUCAAUGGCAAGGACUCCCCGCAGCAGCAGCAGCAGCAGCAGCAGCAGCAGCUGGCGAAGGGCAAGCUGCCGGCUGGGCCCCGGCCCUCGGCACUAGGUAUCUUCUCAAACUCCGGGCCCCCCAAAAAGCGCCACAAAGGGUGGUCUCCGGAGUCUCCCUCGGCUGUGGAAGGCAGCUACCCCCAGGGAGGGGGGAACAGAGCUAAGUAUGAGAGCGCGGGCGUGGCCUGCGUGCCCCCGGUCGGCUUGGUGGGACCAGCCUCCGUCACCUUUCCCGUCGUGGCCUCCGGGGAACCGGUGUCGGUUCCCGACAACUUGCUGAAAAUAUGCAAGGCCAAGCCGGUGAUAUUUAAAGGCCACGGGAACUUCCCCUACCUCUGCGGGAACCUGAACGACGUGGUGGUGAGCCCGCUCCUGUACACGUGCUACCAGAACUCCCAGUCCAUCUCCAGAGCCUACGAGCAGUACGGGGCCCCCGCCCUGCAGCCCAUCUCGGAGGAGAUGCAGCUGCUGCUCACCGUCUACUACCUGGUGCAGCUGGGGAAAUACCAGGCCCGGGUGCUGUCCGAGAGCCUCCUCACCCCCGCGGAGUACCAGGAGGAAGUCAGCUACGAGCUGGUCACGGGGAAGGUGGACUCCCUGGGGGCCUUCUUCAGCACCCUCUGUCCAGAGGGCGACAUUGACAUUUUGCUGGACAAAUUUCAUCAGGAAAAUCAAGUCUGCGUUUCCUCCUCGCCCACUGCCGCCUCCGUCACCAAACCCAUGUCCCUGGAUGUCGGCGGGGCUCUGGCGUGCACAAGUUCCGGGCGGGAGCCGCAGCGCAUCCGGCCCUUCCAGCUGGCCGUGGCGCAGAAGCUGCUCUCGCACGUGUGCUCCAUCGCGGAUUCCAGCACCCAGAACCUGGACCUGGGGUCCUUCGAGAAGGUGGACUUUCUGAUCUGCAUCCCGCCCUCGGAAGUGACCUACCAGCAGACCCUGUUCCACGUCUGGCACUCGGGGGUUCUGCUGGAGCUCGGCUUGGACAAGGAGCACGUGACCAGGCAGAGGGUGGAGCAGCACGUCCUGAAGCUGGACGCCGAGGCGCAGGCACGGUUCCAGGUCUUUCUGCAGAACUCCUUCCAGAACCCGCACACGCUCUUCGUCCUCGUCCACGACCAUGCCCACUGGGACCUCGUGAGCAGCGCCGUCCAUAACCUCUACUCCCCGAGCGACCCGUCGGUGGGGCUGGUGGACAGACUGCUCAACUGCAGGGAGGUGAAGGAGGCCCCCAACAUCGUGACCCUGCACGUGACUUCCUUCCCGUACGCGCUGCAGACGCAGCACACCCUCAUCAGCCCCUACAACGAGAUCCACUGGCCCGCCUCCUACAGCGCCGGCGCGGACUUGUAUCCUGAGGACAGGAAGUACUUCGGGCUGUCCGAGUUCAUCGAGUCGACCCUUUCGGGCCACAGCCUGCCCUUGCUCCGAUACGACAGCUCCUUCGAGGCCAUGGUCACCGCCCUGGGGAAAAGGAGGAAGGAGGAGGAAGAGGAGAGCGAUGGGCAGGGGGGCCUUCAGCGAGCUGCCCGCCCUGUGGGCGCGUGGGGUGGCGUGGCCAUGGCGAGGAGCCUGACCUUGUGGGUCGGGAAGUUUAUCUUUGCUCCAAAGGCCCCCCGUCAGGGGCUCAGCCCGGCUAAGCGGACUCCUACGCACAUCCGUAUGUGGCAGAACAUUGAGGAUGCCGAGUGGAGGCCUCAGACUUACCUGGAGUUGGAGGGCCUGCCUUGCAUCCUCAUCUUCAGCGGGAUGGACCCACAUGGGGAGUCCUUACCCAGGUCUCUGAGGUACUGUGACCUGCGCCUAAUCAACUCCUCCUGCUUGGUGCGCACGGCGCUGGAGCAGGAGCUGGGCCUGGCCGCGUACUUCGUGAGCAGCGAGGGGCCCCUGGAGAAGGGCCCGCGGAGCGAGGGCUUGGAGAGCGACGCGGAGAAGCCGAGCAGCACAGACAACGAGGAUGAGGAGCUGGUGACCGAAGGCUCCACCUCGGAGAAGAAGAGCCCCGUGAAGAGGGAGCGGUCCGGCUCCCGGGACUCGGCCUCCUCCGGCCGCUCCUCCAAGGCGUCCGGUAAGUCCCGGGGGGAGCCCACGCUGGGCUGUUCUGAGAUUUCGGACGUGGAUGGAGAGAGCCUGGAUUUUCCCUGGGACUGGGAAGGGGGGGCUUGGAAGAACUGGCUUUCUGGGCUGGAGCCGGGGGCCGGGGGCCGGGAGGAGUUGGGCAGGACCCGAGGCGCGGCGGCUCCUUUCCUGGACGCUAUCGGGAAGACGGGCGCUUACCUGCAGUUCCUCAGCAUCCUGUCCCGGAUGCUCAUCCGGCUGACGGAGGUGGACGUGUAUGACGAGGAAGAGAUCAAUGUCGACCUCCGAGAGGAAUCCGAGUGGCGCUACCUCCAGCUCAGCGACCCCUGGCCGGACCUGGAGCUCUUCAGGAAGCUGCCUUUCGACUACACGGUCCACGACCCCAAGUACGAAGACGCCAGCCUCAUCUGCUCACACCACCAGGGCGCCAAGAGCGAAGACAGGGGGCCGCCCAGGAAGCCCGAGGACCUGUUCGUGCGGCGCCAGACGGCGCGGAUGCGGCUGUCCAAGUACGCGGCCCACAACACCUACCACCACUGCGAGCAGUGCCACCAGUACAUGGGCUUCCACCCCCGCUACCAGCUCUAUGAGUCCACCCUGCACGCCUUUGCCUUCUCUUACUCCAUGCUAGGAGAGGAGAUCCAGCUCCACUUCAUCAUCCCCAAGUCCAAGGAGCACCACUUCGUCUUCAGCCAGCCCGGAGGCCAGCUGGAGAGCAUGCGGCUGCCCCUCGUCACCGACAAGAGUCACGAGUAUAUAAAAAGCCCGACCUUCACUCCGACCACCGGCCGUCACGAGCACGGACUCUUCAACCUGUACCACGCGAUGGACGGCGCCAGCCACUUGCACGUGCUGGUCGUCAAGGAGUAUGAGAUGCCCGUGUAUAAGAAGUACUGGCCCAACCACAUCAUGCUGGUGCUGCCGAGCAGCUUCAACAGCGCUGGCGUGGGCGCCGCCCACUUCCUGAUCAAGGAGCUGUCCUACCACAACCUGGAGCUGGAGCGGAACCGGCAGGAGGAGCUGGGGAUCAAGCCGCAGGACAUCUGGCCGUUCAUCGUGAUUUCCGACGACUCCUGCGUCAUGUGGAACGUGGUGGACGUGGACGGCGGCGGGGAGAGAAGCAGAGAGUUCUCCUGGUCGGAGAGGAACGUCUCUCUGAAGCACAUCAUGCAGCACAUCGAGGCGGCCCCCAACAUCACCCACUACGCGCUCAUCGGCAUGCGCAAGUGGUCCAGCAAGGCCGGCGGCCACGCGGUGCGCGAGCCCUUCUCCCGCUGCCACGUCCACGACUUCAUCGUCCUGAACGUGGACCUGACCCAGAACGUGCAGUACAACCAGAACCGGUUCCUGUGUGACGACGUGGACUUCAACCUGCGGGUGCACAGCGCCGGCCUCCUGCUGUGCCGCUUCAACCGCUUCAGCGUCAUGAAGAAGCAGAUCGCGGUGGGCGGGCACCGGUCCUUCCACAUCACCGCCAAGGUGCGUGCUGGGGCCGGGGCCGUGGUGCCCGCCCAGUACAUCUGUGCGCCCGACAGCAAGCACCCGUCCCUGGCGGCCCCCGCGCAGCUGCUGCUGGAGCGGUUCCUGCAGCACCACAGCCACCGCUUCUUCCCACUGUCCCUGCGGAACCACGGCCACCCCGUGCUGCUGGUCGACUGCUACCUGAACCUGGGGUCCCAGAUCUCCGUGUGCUACGUGAGCUCCAGGCCCCACUCUCUGAACGUCAGCUGCUCCGACUCCACCUUCAGCGGGCUCCUGCUCUACCUCUGCGACUCCUUCGUGGGGGCCAGCUUUCUGAAAAAGUUCCACUUCCUGAAAGGGGCGACCUUGUGCGUGAUCUGCCAGGACCGGAACUCCCUGCGCCAGACCGUGGUCCGCCUGGAGCUGGAGGACGAGUGGCAGUUCCGCCUGCGCGACGAGUUCCAGACGGCCAACGCCAAGGAGGACCGGCCGCUCUUCUUUCUGACGGGACGGCACAUCUGAGGGGGGCGCCCGCAGGGUUUCCGGGAAGAGUGGGGCCUUCGGAACCUCAGGCUGGUUCUGAAGGAAGAAUUCGAACCACGGGGUGUUUGAACAGAAACGGGCCGCAGACACUGUCUGGCACGUCCCUCGUGGCGCGCCCAAAGCCCAGAGGUGACGGAGACUCGCGGGAGGGACGGGCAUCUGUGGGUGGCGAGCAUCAGCGACGCACACCCGCCCUCCCGGUCCGGGGCCGGCUGCAUCGCCCUGGGCUACGUCCAAAUCCGUUUCACGAAGAACAAAGUUUCGCCUCCUGUGAUGCCAUCCACAUGCUUCCAUGGACGAACUUGCCUUUUCUCUUAGUUCUCAGUCUCUCGAUUAUCUUGCAGAGGUG